CACGCAGUUGCGUAAUUUGACAAGCACAAGCGCAAAACAAGAGGGAGUGAGCAACAGACAACUGCCUGGUUUGAGCUAUUUGUUCAAAUCAGAAUUAGUCCUAUGCUAAAUUAUCCCCCCCGUCGCCACAAUUUAGCGGUCUACUGGACAUAACAUUAUCAGUGUUUAUGGCCACUGACUUAUUAACCAAGAAUGUUUGGGUCGCUCUGGGGCCGGACGCACCCGACCACUGUAAACCCACCGCACCACCACUAGCGGACGGGCUGAGAGCAGGGGGAGGAAAAGAUCAUGGUCAUGGACAAGUCCUCAACAACAUGAGGAAUACAAUCGGUGGAAGCUCUUCAUUUCACGACUACAAUCUGGUACGGUAUUUAAUUAGAAAGCGAAUUUACAGUUUGAGCGAGGAGAUUGCAUGGCUUCGUUGGGUCACGCCACUAACACACCCAGCUUGUAAAUGUAGCCCAUUUCAUUUUUUAAGAGUAAUAUGGGAAUGUUCAGCCACAUCACUAUAAAGAUAGGUUGUACAGUAACCUAUAGGCGGUAGGUAGCCUAUGACAAAUUCCCUGUGACCUGGGUCGUGCUGAACUGACAGCGGAUGUUAAGUGAACACUUUGAUAUUUAGGCUAUAGUAUAGGCUACUAUUCAGCUAUCUAAUUACCAGGCAAAAUAGCCUAUAUGUACAGACAGAUAGUGGACUGAGAUUAAACGUUUCCCAUCUCAAAACGUAUAGAAUGAGAUGCAUAACGCAUGCAGGCAGCAGCUGGACAGUCUAAAUUCAGCUAUAGAUUUCCAUCGCCAGCCCAGCCCAUUGCCUAGACAGGAGUACUAGUUCAGAAGCCCAGCUGCUUGGAGGGGAUUUCUUUCAUGUGUUAAUAGCCUUCAGUACAUCGGGCCCCAAUAUUCCCCCAAGCGAUGCGGACUGGUUCGAGUUGUUUUGUUUUUCAAAUACUGUAGGCCUGCCUACAUGUGUUUCAAAAUAUGUUGAUUGACACAUGUGAUCUUGUUUUGCGUUGGUCAGCGUAGUCUUUUUAGGGAUAUUAAUGGUUUUACGAGAGAUGUAGCAGUGUAGUCUACAUGAUAAAUGCUUUACUGCUGACUGGUUGAUAUGAACUUGAUCACCACUCUCUCCGUUCUCUCCUAGAGCACUGGUGGGGCUGCAAAAAUAUAUAAUUUAAUAGUGAGAUAGCCAAUGAAACCAUUAGCCUCAGAGAUCCGACUCUAUGUACAUUUUUCAAUUUGAGUUGGAGCGGCUCCAUUCUCUAAUAGGGCAGCUAGGAGCUGGCACGUGAUAUAGCUGGAACAUGUAGCUUAAUCCAGAGAUGCAAUAUUCCAAUGUAUUCCAAAUUCGCCCAUUAUCCAAACUGCCAAAUCAAGAAGUUUUAAAGACUGCUCGUUUUUUAAGUACACUGCCGUUUUCGUCCUCAUGUUAGCUAGUAGUAGACACAACAGCCAUUACAUCACGUUGGACAACAGGAUAGUCAGCCAAUCAGCUCCUUUCGUGCUGCUGUGACUAAACUAUCUAGCAUGAGGACAAAAACAGCAGUCAGAUCCCUGGCUAGAUUAGCCUAUGCCACACCAAAUUCCAGUAGCCUUCACAGGGUUUAUUUCAGCGAUGGGCCUGUGAAUACUAAACAUGUAUCUACUUUAUAGGCCAUGUCAGUGAAGGAUUGGAUUGUUAGCUAGCGAAUAUGCUAACGUUAGCUAGCUAGCUAAACAUUUGGCUAUGGGCUGGCAAUGGCAGUAUGGGAUUAUGGAGAGUGAAUUAAAUUGUUUCUUCAUCAUUUUGCUAGGUAGUUAUCUAGCUGUGGCCAUCUGGCUAGUAUCAACAAGGGCUUUCUACAAAAUAGCAACAUUAGUGGUAACAUUGGAAUCUAAACCAUAAGCAAUACGCACAGAUAUGCAAUGCCAAACAACCCUACUGCCACCUUCUGGUUUGGAGUAUUUUAACGAGGCUGGGUGGCUGACUACUUCCAAGGUCUUUGCUGUGUCAACACAAAAGAGAUUGACUGCUGUUUGUCAAUCCUACUAGUGUGUGAGCUUUAACACUUGCGCACAGCACUCUCUCUCUCUCUCACACACACACACACACACACACACACACACACACACACACACACACACACACAAUUCUUUAAGUACUGUUAAAGCUUCAGGCAUUCUAAAUAAGUGUGACUAUAGGAGAAAAAAAACUGGCCCUAUGGAUACAAAUAACAAAGAGCUUUUAAACUUGUCCAACAAUGUUAUGAAACCACUGUAACCAUCUGUACUGUUCAGCUAACUUUACACACAGGUCUACACACUCUCCCUCCCUCCCACACCCUCGCUCUCACACUAUUGACUAUUAUAUUGAUUACUGCAUUGUUGGGAAUGAGCAAGUAAGAAAGGCAUUUCACUGUGCUAGUGCACAUGACAAUAAAAACUUGAAACUUGAAACACACAUCCUCUCUCUCACACACACACAUAUCCUUACACCCCCCACUCUUGCAGCCCAAUCUUUGAAGCAUCUCUUUGAGGAGCCUAUUCCUUUUAAGUUCUUCCUGCGCCAUCCAAAUGUGUGCAUAGCCUAGUCAGUGGUCAAGUUAUCAGUUUGCUAGCUAGCUAAUGUCGUUUGUUAUCAAACCAAAAAAUAGCGGCUUGCAAGUAGUUUAAAACAGCCCCGCGACAUGCGCCCGAAUCCGCGGCAGAAAGAAAAAACAUAGCUCCGGUAAUAUUGGGCAUAACUUUCACAUGAUUUUGGCUAGAGGUACGCAGUCUUCAGUAAUUUAAAGGCACAAGCAUUGACUGUAGCUGUGUUCUGGGUCCAUGCGGAAACACGUGCGCUUAAACGGUUUCCGUGCGGUGAAGAAAUGGAGACGCGAUUAACGGUGUCACAUUUAUUUUACUGCGAUUAACAUUACAUUUUACAUUUUAGUCAUUUAGCAGACGCUCUUAUCCAGAGCGACUUACAGUUAGUGAAUACAAUGUUGUUGUUUUUUUCUUUCUUCAUAUACUGGCCCCCCAUGGGAAUCGAACCCACAACCCUGGCGUUGCAAACGCCAUGCUCUAUCAACUGAGCUACAUCCCUGCCGGCCAUUCCCUCCCCUACCCUGGACGACGCUGGGCCAAUUGUGCGCCGCCCAUGAGUCUCCCGGUCGCGGCCGGCUGCAACAGAGCCUGGAUUCGAACCAGGAUCUCUAAUGGCACAGUUAGCACUGCGAUGUCACGCGUUAACUUUCACAGCCCUAGUAUUAACUGUAACUCACAAAUACUCCAUACAGUUGAAGUCGGAAGUUUACAUACACCUUCGCCAAAUACAUUUAAACUCAGUUUUUCACAAUUUCUGACAUUUAAUCCUAGUAAAAAUUCCCUGUUUUAGGUCAGUUAGGAUCACCACUUUAUUUUAAGAAUGUGAAAAUGUCAGAAUAAUAGUAGAGAGAAUUAUUUAUUUCAGCUUUUAUUUAUUUCAUCACAUUCCCAGUGGGUCAGAAGUUUACAUACACUCAAUUAGUAUUUGGUAGCAUUGCCUUUAAAUUGUUUAACUUGGGUCAAACAUUUUGGUUAGCCUUCCACAAGCUUCCCACAAUAGGUUGGGUGAAUUUUGGCCCAUUCCUCCUGACAGAGCUGGUGUAACUGAGUCAGGUUUGUAGGCCUCCUUGCUCACACACACUUUUUCAGUUCUGCCCACACAUUUUCUAUAGGAUUGAGGUUAGGGCUUUGUGAUGGCCACUCCAAUACCUUGACUUUGUUGUCCUUAAGCCAUUGUGCCACAACUUUGGAAGUAUGCUUGGGGUCAUUGUCUAUUUGGAAGACCCAUUUGCGACCAAGCUUUAACUUCCUGACUGAUGUCUUGAGAUGUUGCUUCAAUAUAUCCACAUAAUUUUCCUUCCUUAUGAUGCCAUCUAUUUUGUGAAGUGCACCAGUCCCUCCUGCAGCAAAGCACCCCCACAGGAUGAUGCUGCCACCCCUGUGCUUCACGGUUGGGAUGGUGUUAUUCGGCUUGCAAGCCACCCCCUUUUUCCUCCAAACAGCAGCCUUUCAGGUUAUGUCGAUAUAGGACUUGUUUUACUGUGGAUAUAGAUACUUUUGUACCUGUUUCCUCCAGCAUCUUCACAAGGUCCUUUGCUGUUGUUCUGGGAUUGAUUUGCACUUUUUGCACCAAAGUACGUUAAUCUCUAGGAGACAGAACGCGUCUCCUUCCUGACCGGUAUGACGGCUGCGUGGUCCCAUGGUGUUUAUACUUGCGUACUAUUGUUUGUACAGAUGAACGUGGUACAUUCAGGCGUUUGGAAAUUGCUUCAAAGGAUGAACCAGACUUGUGGAGGUCUACAUAUUUUUUCUGAGGUCUUGGCUGAUUUCUUUUGAUUUUCCCAUGAUGUCAAGCAAAGAGGCAUUGAGUUUAAAGGUAGGCCUUGAAAUACAUCCACAGGUACACCUCCAAUUGACUCAAAUGAUGUCAAUUAGCCUAUCAGACCCUUCUAAAGCCAAGACAUAAUUUUCUGGAAUUUUCCAAGCUGUUUAAAGAAACAGUCAACUUAGUGUAUGUCAACUUCUGACCCACUGGAAUUGUGAUACAGUGAAUUGUAAGUGAAAUAAUCUGUCUGUAAACAAUUGUUGGAAAAAUUACUUGUGUCAUGCACAAAGUAGAUGUCCUAACCGACUUGCCAAAACUAUAGAUUGUUAACAAGAAAUUUGUGGAGUGGUUGAAAAACUAGUUUUAAUGACUCCAACCUAAGUGUAUGUAAACUUCCGACUUCAACUGUAUAUUAAAAAAAAUCAGAACACUCACGACUAUCUCUUUUUUUCCUUGCAGGGUAAUUCCGAGAUGGACAAAUAUCUGUCACCUCCUCAGAAAGUCCCAGACACCAGACAGCCAUCUUUCACGGAGGACCUUGGUUCCCCACACAGCAUCAACAUGAGCCUCCUCCUCCCUGACGUUACCUACCUGCACCCCAGCCUGUGUCGGCCUAUGAGACCCAUCAAGACAGAGCCUCUCUCCCACUCCCUCAUCCACCCAAGUUGCCAGUGCAACCCUGGUCCAACAACACUUCCAGAACACCCUGGGCUUUAUGGCACUUCGACAGACACAGGAAGUAGCCUGUUCAUCAAACAGGAAAUGCCCUCCCUGGACUUCCCAGACGUUCCGUUGUUCCAGCUGUUGAACUCUGAGCUGGAGCAGCUGGUGCCCGUUCACCCGGUGAACACCAACCUCCACAGGGGUGUCCCUGUGUCCUCCUUGUCGGUCCCUUUCAGCAAAGUCCACUUACCAUCCCCCCAGAUUGUUGUCAAAUCUAUGGGAUGCCCACAAAAUGGUGGCUAUCCUCUGACAACCCAGUUCGCAAGCCAUUCGCAGCAGCGACCAGCCUAUCUUCCUCCGUCCCCGCCCAACUCCGAGCCAGGGAGCCCAGACAGAGGGAAAGAGCUGAUCCAGAAUCUGUCUCCGCCUCCAUCUUAUACAGCCAGUAUUGCCUCGAAACUAAGUCCUGGUCUUGGGCCAGUCCAAAGCUCAGGUCUAGGACCAGUUCCGAGCACCAGUCUUAGAUUAGUUCAGAGUCCAGGUCUUGGACAAAGCCAAAGUUCUAGUCUUGGAGCAGGCCAGAACCCUGGUGUUGGGCCAGUGUCCCCAGCAUUGGCUCAAUCAGGUCCAGGGAGGUUUAACCGCAGGAAUAACCCUGACCUGGAGAGGCGGAGGAUACAUCACUGUGACGUUCCAGGUGAGGAGACAUCGCAGGUAGUCUCAAUACACUAAAGCAGGGUUCUCAAACUGCCGGCCCACAGGCUGAAUUUGGCCCGUGGGUGGUUUUUUCUAAGCAAGAAAAUACAUAUAUAUAUAUUUUUUUUAAUUUUCAUUGUUGGAUAUAAUAGACUGUAAAAAACUUCAAAAUCAGCUCCAAGUGAUUUAUAUUUUUGAAAUCUGUUCCCAAGUAUUCCCACACAUAAUAGAGAGACACGUGAUCAUAUACAAAUGUAAGGAAGGUUUGAAAUGAUUAUGUUUUAUUCAAUUUGCAGUCUACAAAUUAUUUGUAAUUAUGUUCCGACCUCCCGACCAUCCGCUCAAGAAAAAAACGGACCGCGGCUGAAUCUAGUUGAUGAUCCCUGCACUAAAGUCUGUCGAAGCUCGGUAGUCGAAGUCUACACCCAUUUGUCGGUGAUUGGUCAACAGUGCAGGAAAUGUUAAACUAGUGGUGUAUUUGAGGUUUAAAAGGCUUCUGAAGUGUGUAAUUUCCACUUUGAAAUUCCAGACUUGACCUUCCCUUACGAAAAAUGUAUCAACCCCUACAAAAAUGUCCAUUAAUUAUAAUCCACACAAUAAUUCAAAUGUUCUGUUGCUGCAGGAAUAUUUUCCUGCUGUAGCAAACUGGCUCAAAUUAAGAUCCUACAGCUGUAGUGGGAGAGAUGCUUUGGUUUGCUGUUGAGUAAUAAAGACUAGUAGCAGAUUAUAUUAUUAUGUUCUUGAAACCCAUGGAAUUGAAUCGUAAAGAUCAAACAAACAGAAAAUGUAACGAUUCCAUAAAGGUCUAACUUGACUUAUAAGCAUGAAAUUAAUGCAAUGUGUGGUUUAUAAUUCAAUCAUGACCAUUAACACCACUCUGUCAGAUGUAGGAUGUUGUUCUUGUUAAAAGCUUAUUAAUCAAUUAUAGGUAUGCUGUAAUGACAUGCAUUUGGUUCCAUUAUUUUUCAUCAGAAUGUAAGAAAGUCUACACCAAGUCCUCCCAUUUAAAGGCCCAUUUGCGGACACAUACGGGUAAGUGUUUUACUGGUAACAUUAUAAAAGUCCUGUUAUGGGCGACUCGUCUCUUAUUUUGGGGGGCCAGUAUGUUAUGUUGCCAGGCAAAAUAAUGCUUUUGGCACGCAGAUGCAUUCUGAAUGCUAAAUGAGAUCUGGCCCGCCAAAUGUUGCCGCAUGUUGUUGAACGGGAAAGCUGUUUUAAACAGCUUAAACAAACAAAACGGAAAUGUUUCCUUGUUUGUGUUUUUAUGUCUUCAUCUAUUAUUUAAAAAAAUAUAGAUUCUAAUUCAUUCAAGAUACUUGUGUCAAAUAUUGAAAUAUUAUCUUUACUGACCCUAUCAACACAAAGUUUUAUAGUUUAAAGUAUUUAGUUAGUACUGUACAUUUGUGACGUAACAUGAUCACCCCUGUUUCUGCGGUAGAAUAAUCUCAUUCUGUGCUGCAUUCCAGGAGAGAAGCCGUACCAAUGCUCCUGGGAGGGGUGCGAGUGGCGCUUUGCUCGUUCCGACGAGCUGACACGCCACUUCAGGAAACACACAGGUGCCAAGCCCUUCCAGUGUGGUGUGUGUAACCGCUGUUUCUCCCGGUCUGACCACCUGGCUCUACACAUGAAGAGGCACCGGAGUUAG